AUGCGUUUCUCCACCGCCACCGUUAUCUCUUCCCUCGCGGCCUUUGCUGCUGCCUACACUCAGCCCGACUACAGCGAGGACCCUACCGGUAACCCCAUUACCUACCCCGGUCUGCAGCAGCAGGUCCCCGAGGGCAAGCCCUUCGAGAUUACCUGGAAGCCCACCGUCGGUGACUACAUCUCCCUGGUCCUCCUCCAGGGCCCCAGCACCGACGUCCAGCCCAUCCAGACCAUUGUCGAGAACAUCAAGAACAGCGGUUCUUACUGGUGGACCCCCAGCACCACCCUGACCCCCCAGACCACCCACUACGGUCUCCUGCUUGUUGUCGAGGGCACCGGUACCUACCAGUACUCCACCCAGUUCGGUCUGACUGCCGCCGCUGGCUCCAGCUCCGUCUCUUCCUCCGCCAGCACCGCCGCGGCCACCAUCGUCACCGUCAUCGACGACAAGACCACCACCAUCUGCCCCGAGACUGAGACCCAGACCACCGCUGCCCCCACCACUACCCCGGAGUCCAUCGUCACCGUUAUCGACAACGAGACCACCACCAUCUGCCCCGAGACCGAGACCCAGGCCACCGGCACCGCCUCCGCCGCCCAGGUCACCUCCUGGUCCACCUCUAUCCCCUCCACUGAGCUCACCACUACCAUCUGCCCCGAGACCGAGACCGGUGCCGCCACCACUGCUCCCUCCGUGCCCACCGGCUCUCUGACUCGCCGCCCCAUCAAGCCCUCUACCUCCGGCUCUGCCAGCACCGUUGCUGUCUCCGCCACCGGUACCGCUUCUCCUUCCGCCUCUGCCACCCCCGCCUACAACGGUGCUGGCCAGAAGACCGUCAGCUUCGGCGCUGUCGUCGCUGCCCUGUUCGCCGUCAUGGCCUUCUAA